AUGUCCCUAACUAACGUGUACCACCUGCGACGGGUCGCAGACACGUCCGCCAAAUCAUGUCUAAUCUGCUACAAGCCAUCAACGAGCGUGUUGAUCACGCCGGACAACAAGGAUUUCUUCUACGUGUGCCCCGCACACCUGCAAGACCGCCACUUCUGCUCCCCUAUCGUCGACACAGAGGGUGACGCAAAGCGCCAAAAAGAAGAGGCGAUGGCUAAAGAAAUAGAAAAAGUUAAGCAAGAGUACGAAGAGAAACAAAAACGAAAGAAAGAGAAAGCCAAAGAGUCUAGCAAGGACGAGAGAGACAAGGAAAAGGACAACUCUAAAGAUAAAGAUAAAGAUGAUUCGGACUCAAAAGCAAAAGACGAGAAAGAACGAGAUGAAAAGAUUGAAUCGAUUAAAAAUGGUGGCACUGAUACGAAGACGGACAAUGGGCCUCGGGUCUUUGCUUUGCAUAAGACUUUCUACCAGAUGCGCAUCGACCGGCUGCGUGGCAUCGAAAGGGCCAAAAGAAACCAAGAAAGGAUGAAAAAUCCAUCUUUGUUCCCAUCGGUUCCGACUCGUGAUCUCUAG